UUGUUGUCCCUUUCACUCCCUACGUUCGCUCUUGCUGCCGUGGAACCGAGACAGGCGACAUGGGGACAGUCUUUUGGUCCUGACGGGCCGUGGAACACCAUCGAAGUCUCCAUUGGCGGCCAACCGAAGAUCUCUCUCUUUCCGGGACGCAUGUGGCAAUCCAUCGUGACAACUUCGGAUUAUUGUUCGAUUAACGGCUCAAUGCCUCACUGCGCAUCCGGAACAUAUCGCAAAGACAGGACAUCGGCGACCAGCGAUGGAGCGAAAAUUUCCUUUCAGCCACCUACACAGGACUUGGCCCGCGGGGUGCCCCUUCGCGGCAACGCCAACAUGCAGCUGGAAACAAUCGACCUCGGAUUCAGAUCCGGCCCCAUCCAAAACCACUCGCUGGCCUUGAUUGAGACCGAGUCACAGAUGUACGCCUACCCCGGAGGCACUUGGUAUCCCAUCUUCACAGGCUGCUUCAGCUUAGGCGCGCCGGACCGGAGCCAGGUAUUUUCAAGCGACACACUUGGCAAGAAACCCGGCAUCAACGCUACCAUGAUUCCCUGGGUUCUGAAGGAUGAUGGAUCCACGGCAUCGAGUUCAUUUGGCCUCCACUACGGGGCGGCAGGCCCCUCUGCAAGGAUGUCUGGGUCCCUCCUUUAUGGAGGUUACGACCGCAACCGGGUCGUAGGAAACGUCCUCACUUUCCAGGGCGACUUCUCUCAGCCGAUCUCCCUCCAAGAUAUAAGCAUCCGCGUCAUCAAAGGCAGCUCUCCUUUUGAGUCCGUCCCUGUGGAUUCUGGCUCCGGCUCUGGCUCCGGCUCCGGCAAUGUCACCUCCAACACUAAUAUUUCCGGCCUCCUCACCAAAGGCAACUCCACGAUCCCACCCUCUGGUCUGCCCAUCUUCAUCGACCCAUGCAGUCCGUACCUCACCUUACCCCAGUCAACCUGUGAUGCCAUUGCAUCACACCUCCCGGUUGUCUACAACGCUUCACUAGGCCUGUAUACCUGGAAUGUCUCGUCCCCCCGGUACAAACCCAUUGUGGCAUCCGCCUCUACACUCUCUUUCACCGUCAUGGGCGGCCGCAACACCGACUCGCUCACUAUUCACGUCCCGUUCCGCCACCUUAACCUAACGCUGACGGCGCCCUUCGCCGGCAACCCGACCCCGUACUUCCCCUGCUUUACGAGCGGCACUGGCGCGUAUGUUCUCGGUCGCGCCUUCUUCCAAGACGCAUUUUUGGGGGCGAACUGGGAAAAGAAUAGGGUCUUCCUGGGCCAGGCUCCAGGUCCGAAUAUCCCUCCUGGCGUGGAUCCUGUCAGCAUACAGCCGGACGAGGAAACGAUCAAGAGCGGCGGCAAUGAUUGGGAGAAGUCGUGGGACGGGUUUUGGACGGCGCUCACAGCCAAGGAAGCGAACGGGACGAGCGAAGUGGACGUAACCACCACCAGCGGCGGUGAUAGUGGCGGGGGCGCCGGCGGCAGCGGUGGUAGUGGCGGGGCCGCAUCGGCGGGGUCAGAAGGGGAGAAAGGCGGUCUCUCCACUGGUGUCAUCGUGGGAAUCGCGGUUGGCGCGGCGGUGGCGGGGUUUGUUGGCGCCGGUCUCUUCUUUUUUUGGUACCGUAGAAAGCAAAGAUCGGUUCAGCCGGUCGAACCGACCCCCGCUCCGCCUGGCCCU